GCUCUAAUGCUUCUGCUAUAACAGUUUCACUCGACAAUAAGCACUCAAGUGUUAAAAUGCUAGCCGCCCACUACCUCAAUACAUGGAUACCACACACCCACCACCACCGUCUCACCGUCAAAAGCAGCCGUCUACCAUCUAUCACCGCCGUGGCUGCUCCACCGCCACCUCUAUUGAAGCACCAAAAGACCCAUUCAAUGCCGCCUGAAAAGAUUGAAAUAUUUAAAUCUUUAGAAACUUGGGCCACAGACAAUGUGCUUCCACUUCUUAAACCAGUAGAAAAUUGCUGGCAACCACAAAACUGGCUGCCUGACCCCACAGUACCAUUUGAUGAAUUCACUGAUCAAGUGCGGGCCCUACGUGAUCGGACGGCUGAACUUCCUGAUGAUUACUUUGUAGUGCUGGUGGGUGAUAUGAUCACUGAGGAUGCAUUGCCUACAUAUCAGACCAUGAUUAAUACGCUAGACGGCGUUAGAGACGAGACUGGAGCAAGCCGAAACCCAUGGGCAUUGUGGACUCGGGCCUGGACUGCUGAGGAGAACCGACACGGUGAUUUGCUGAGGACUUACUUGUACUUGUCGGGUCGGGUUGAUAUGUUGAUGAUUGAGCGGACCGUGCAGUAUUUGAUUGGAGCUGGCAUGGACCCAGGAUCAGAAAACAAUCCGUACUUGGGCUUUGUUUACACGUCAUUUCAAGAGAGAGCCACAUUUGUAUCACACGGCAAUACGGCGCGUUUAGCUAAGGACAGAGGUGAUCCAGUACUGGCGCGUAUAUGCGGUACCAUAGCAGCGGACGAGAAGCGUCACGAAAACGCGUACUCUAAGAUCGUCGAAAAGCUUCUUGAGGUAGACCCCACAGGAGCAGUGGUAGCGAUUGGAGAUAUGAUGCGGAAGAAAAUCACGAUGCCGGCCCACUUGAUGUACGAUGGGCAGGACCCGCAUUUGUUUGAUCAUUUCUCGGCCGUGGCUCAGCGGCUUGGAGUAUAUACGGCUGGUGAUUAUGCUGAUAUUAUGGAGUUUUUGAUCGGACGGUGGAGAUUGGAGAAGCUGGAAGGAUUGACGGAUGAGGGUAGACGUGCACAGGAUUUUGUGUGCGGAUUAGCACCUAGGAUUAGGAAGUUGCAGGAGCGAGCUGAAGAGAAGGCCAAGAAGUUAGGCCCGCAAGGAGUGAAAUUUAGCUGGAUUUUCAAUAGGGAGGUUGCCUUGUAAAAUUAGCGAGUCUUGCUUUCUUUUCUUUUCUUUUUUUUUUUUUAAAUAUGUUUUCUUUUUCUUUUUUUAGUUGAAAAAUAUUCCUAAAUUAAAUUUUUAUUAGCCUUUUUCUGAUGUUCUCGGAAAGCAAAU